AUGAGCGCAUCAAAGGCCCAGUCGCAGAAAAUAUUCGAGAAACUGAAAGCCAAACCUGCCAACAAGAUAUGUUUCGACUGUGGCCAGAAGAACCCGACCUGGUCUUCUGUCCCGUUUGGCGUCUAUCUAUGUCUCGACUGCUCUUCCAACCAUAGAAAUCUUGGUGUCCACAUCUCCUUUGUGAGAUCGACGAAUUUGGACGUCUGGCAAUGGAGUCAACUACGAACAAUGAAAGUUGGGGGAAACGAGUCUGCCACGAAAUUCUUCCAAUCCCACGGUGGGAGUGCGGCACUCGCGAGCAAGGACGCGAAGGUGAAAUAUACGUCUAACGCCGCGAAUAAAUACAAGGAAGAACUCAAGCGUAGGGCUGAAAGAGACGCCCAAGAGUACCCAGACGAAGUGGUCAUCACCGACGACCCCCUCUCCACCCCUGGCGCCGAAGGAACAUCCACGCCCGCCGGUGAACCCGCAGACGAUUUCUUCUCUUCCUGGGACAAGCCAACCAUCAAGCGGCCUAGCAAUCCGCCCUCGCGAAGCGGCACACCCCCAGUGAUCUCACGUACAGCCUCCCCCUUCCUCUCGGCCGGCAAUGCGACUAAUGGCUCGCAAACACGGCCAAAAUCUCCUUCGCCUUUAGCUGCAAACACAGCCAAUGAUGCCGUAAAGGACGCCGAAGCCGCUCUUCCUGCUCCCGCCGCAAUACGCACGACAUCUUCUUCCGCAAUUCGCAAGGGUCCCAACGCUGCUGGUGGUGCAGGUGCACGACGCGCCAACGUCCUCAGUGGGAAGAAACCGGCACACAAACUUGGCGCAAAGAAGGUCGUAGGCGAAGAAAUCGACUUCGAUGCGGCUGAAAAGGCGGCAAAAGCCGAGGCGGAGAGGAUAGAAAAGCUGGGCUACGAUCCUGAAGCAGAGAAGGCGGAGGAACUCUCGAAGGCGACCAAGUCCUCCACUUUUGGGGCUUCUUCCGCUACAACACCGAAGGAGACGCCGACGCCUAUCAACACGUCCUCGAGGACAGUUUCGAACCCCAGCCACGCGCGAAGUCCGAGUGAGCUUGAAAGACUGGGGAUGGGCGUCGGUCGCUUGGGUUUUGGACAGGUCGGUCCAAGCAAAGGAGCGGCGAGCUCAAGCGCGCCAGCACCGAAGAAACUGGGAUUCGGUGCUGUUGGGCCCAGCAAAGCCUCUGCAGCAGACGACGAGGAAGAACAAUACGCCCGCAACAAAUUCGGCACCCAAAAGUCGAUUUCCUCCGACGAGUUCUUCGGCCGCAACAGCUACGACCCCCAGGCGCAGGCUGAGGCGAAAUCGCGCCUCCAGGGCUUUGAGGGCGCCACAUCGAUCAGCUCCAACGCGUAUUUCGGACGUCCCGAGGACGACCCCACGGGUCUCGAGGGCGGCGACGGUUCGUACGGGGACAUCGAGACGGUGGCCAAGGACUUUGUCCGGAAACUGGGGCUGACGGCUGGAGACGACCUGGAGAAUCUGAUCAACGUGGCCGGUGAGGGCGGCAGGCGGCUGCGAGGUGCGGUGUCGCGGUAUUUGAAUAGUUGA